UAAGUGAAGAUGUCUAUAAAAAUAGGAUUGUCUCUAGUAUUUCUUUGCCUUGGAUUAGCAACGCUUUGUUCUUGUAAUAACGGUGAAGAUUUUCAAGCUCCAUCAGCUUCAUUUAUGCGUUUCGAACCUAGAGGCUUUAUAGUAUGGAUACCUAAUAAACCUGGUAUUUCUUUGUUUGCUUUUCAUGGAAAUUUAAAUCAGCGAAUGAACGGCUUAGAAGCAGGUAAUUGGUCCGUCGAUGUACUAAGUGAUGAAAUUGGGUUUUGGGCGUAUUGGAAUGAUGAUGCAGUAGUAAAUCUAGGUGAUAGAAUAUACUUUUGGACUUUCGUUAUAAAGGAUGGUCUGGGUUAUCGCCAGGAUAAUGCUGUAUUUUAUGUUAACUCUACAUGUGUGAACUCCACAACAUAUUAAACAAAAACGUUUCUAGUAAAUAUUUGUGGAAAAGUUUUCUUAACU